AUGCCGUUCCGGUGGUAUGCGAAUAAGUAUAUGUGCUUCUUCUGUUGCUGUCCAUUCAUAGACAGUUCUAAGCUUAAGAAGCACACGAAAGAGGAGCAUCACGGUGCUAAAUUAAGGAAUCUCUUGCGUAGUAUCGUAGGACAAAGUAGGAUAAAGCUGGACUUGUCCGAGAUAUCCUGCAGGAAGUGUCCGAAACCGAUCAGAACGUUGGAGGAGUUCUUGAAGCACGCCUCUGAAGUCCACGCGGUGAGGGUAGAUGAAGAAGUCAGCAGACACCUUUUCGCUUUUAAACUGUCCGACGAUAGAAUGUGCUGUAUCGAAUGCGGGCUUCAGUUCCGUUUCUUCGGGCCACUUUUGGCCCAUGUACAUAAAUAUCACAACAAGACUAGCACAUUUCUGUGCGAGAUCUGUGGCCAGGGUUUCGUGGCUAAGGCGAAUAUAGAUAGUCACGUAAAAAACGUGCACUCAACAAUCAGUUGCCACUGUGAGAAAUGCGACAAGACUUUCCCUUCCAAUUACGCCCUCAACAACCAUUUGAUGAAGGUGCAUAAAUCCGAUAAACUAAAAUGUCCCAAAUGUCCCGAGAUUUUGGGUAGCAGGUACUUAAAAAAGCGACAUCUAGCGUUGGUGCACGACGUGAAAAGUUCGCAGUUUGCCUGCGAGCAGUGUUCAAAGGUGUUCACAACUAAAAGUACCCUCGUCCAACACAAUUUAAGAGUGCAUCUAAAAGAGAAAUCAUUCGCUUGUGAGAUUUGUGGCUUUAAAGUAUUCAGUAAGGACUUACUAAGGCGGCAUAUGGUAAAACACGACGACGCGAGGCCUUUCCAAUGCGAAUAUUGCAAGAAAAGUUUUCAGAGGAAGAAGACCUUGGACUUCCAUAGAAGAAUACAUACGAAUGACAGAAGAUACGCUUGCACACAAUGCGAUAAAGCAUUUGUACAAGUAACUAGUUUAAAACUGCAUUGUAGGGUACACCAUUCACUUGUUAAUGAGAGUAUUCACUGA